AUGCGGCUGCGCGGGCCAGCCGAUGAGGUGACUGAAGCUGCUCGCCGCGGCUUUGGAUGGCUGCAUCCAACGCUCAGCGCGUCUUUGACGUCGCUUCGGCUCGUCUCGCUCGAAUUUUCGCGGUCCUUCGGUCGCCGCGUUGUUGACAAGCAAGCCGGUGGCAAUGCCUUGGCGGCCGUGUCUACACUGUACUGCGGCCUCUUCUGCAUCGAGCGCCGACGUUGGCGCCUUGCUGACGCCGUCAGACUGACGGUCGGCGCGUUAAUGCAGCAGAAAGUGGCCGUCAUCGCGCGUGACCGCCGCGUGCCUUCUGCCCGGCGGAUUGAGUUCAACCCGGCGCUCAACUCGACCAGCAGCAACGACUUCGCGAUCAUCAUUGCCGUCGUGGGCAUUGGUUUGCAGGCCCCUGGGUCGGCGCCUCCGACCGUGGAUAUCCAGUGGUCGACCGUGGACCUCCGGUUGCGGCGCCUUACGCCGGUGCUUGGGGGCUGCACCGGUGGAAGUUUCUAUGCUGCGUUGAUGCUGUCGUCGACAGCUCGGAGCUUCAAGCGGCAAAGCGCCGAGCCGAUCUCGCCGCGCCACGUCUGUAAGCUCGUCGGCGUCGACAUCUUUGGAAUCGUGCACGCCUUGAAGUUGUUGCUCGAAUGA